CAUCUGGAUUAUGUCUACAGCAUACCAAAUAUAACUGCAAUGUUUUACAUCAAAUACAAAUAGCUUUUUUUUUUAAGCAAACACGUGAUUUUCAAAUGUUCAAUAACAACUUAUGAAGGGGGAGAUGUUAAUAACUCAUUUAGAUGAUGCAAAGCGGUGGGGCUGUUGUAACUGGAUAUUGUAUGUUUCUUAAUCAACUAAAAUUAACUACACAAACAUGUUCAAUAUUUCUAAAAAAAAAACGUUUAUAAAAAAUACAUAAAGCCUUCUUUCAAACCGUGGUUUAAAAUGAUUUCCUCAUUAAACCUUUUAAAAUCACGUUUUGAACUUUGUCACACAUUUACACAAUAAAAAGUAUAUGCAGCAAACCUCUGAUGGUCGGAGUGUUGAUGGAGUAACGCUGUAAACGUUCCAUGGGUCCGUGCCGAAACAAGGAAUUGACAAGAGUUCCCCGGCGACACCAGGAUGUUGUGGUGCAGACCAGAGAGCUCUGAUAAGCUUGUUGGGGAGUUUCUUGGCACAGGACCCGUAAUCAGAAACAAGAUGAUAAAAAACUGGGGUGUCAUUGGAGGCGUAGCGGCAGCGAUUGCAGCUGGAGUAUAUGUUUUGUGGGGCCCAAUUACAGAGAGAAAGAAAAGGAAGAGAGAUAUGGUUCCUGGUCUGUUAAAUUUGGGUAACACUUGCUUCUUGAACUCGCUGCUUCAAGGCUUAGCAGCAUGUCCAUCCUUCAUCAGAUGGCUGGAGAAGUUUUCAGGUCUGCCUCCGAUCCAGUCAUGCAAAGACAACCAGCUUUCCACCACAUUGCUGCAGCUUCUCAAAGCUCUAUCCAAUGCUGAACCUGGGGAGGAAGAUGUCCUUGAUGCUGGAUGCCUCCUGGAUGUUCUCAGACUGUACCGCUGGCACAUUAGCUCAUUUGAAGAACAGGAUGCACAUGAACUUUUUCAUGUCCUCACAUCAUCUCUGGAAGAGGAGCGAGAUCGUCAACCCAAAGUCACCCAUUUGUUUGACAUGCAGUCCCUUGAGAGUCUUCCAGAUCAAGAUGAGAAAACUAUGGACUGCAUAAGUCGAGCUCCUCUUCAUCCAAUACCAGGUCCUUGGAAGUUUCAGCAUCCUUUUCAUGGACGUUUAACAAGCAACAUGUCGUGCAAACACUGUGAAAUACAAAGUCCAGUGCGAUAUGACUCAUUUGAAAGCCUCUCCUUGUCCAUUCCUUUACCUCAGUGGGGUCGGCCUAUCUCCUUAGAUCAGUGCCUGCAACAUUUUAUUUCCUCAGAAACCAUCAAAGAAGUGGAAUGUGAAAAUUGCACCAAGUUUCAACAAAGCACAACAAUAAAUGGGCAAGUCUUAGAAAGUAAGAGGACAACUUUUGUUAAACAGCUAAAACUUGGAAAGCUCCCCCAGUGCCUCUGUAUUCAUUUACAAAGACUAACUUGGUCCAGCGAAGGAACCCCCAUCAAAAGACAGGAGCAUGUGCAGUUCACAGAGUAUCUAUCGAUGGACCGCUACAAACACAACACCUCCGCACAGAGGAGUCAGCGGAUCAGAUGUGCUCCCAAAGCCAUAAAGGCAGAAAAUAUAGAUGAUUCCACAGAAAGGCUUACAGCUAAUGGAACUGAUGCAGAGCAUCACAACAACAACAAACCUUUUUCUAAUGGAAGCUGCUCUGUAUUUCUUCACUCUACUGGUCUGAACACACAGCUCAGUCUCACACAUGACUACAGCAUCUUUCCUUGCAGUUCUGCAGAGUACCUUUUCCAGCUCACAGCUGUGCUGGUUCACCACGGUGACAUGCACUCAGGACAUUUUGUCACGUACCGCCGCAGCCCUUCCUCGCCUCGCACCUCCUCACCCUUCAGCUCGCAGUGGCUUUGGGUCUCAGACGACUCGGUACGCAAAGCCAGCCUGCAUGAAGUGCUGUCUUGUAACGCUUACAUGCUCUUCUACGAGAGAGUUCGAAGGCCCAGCCUCAGCCCAAGCACGGAGGAGUGACCUUGCAGCCUGAUUGACUUCUGCCUUUCCAGUCAUACUGCCACCUUCGGUGUGGCAGUAACAACACAGUUACCAGCUGGUUGCUGUGUGACAAUGAGACCAGAGAGGAAAGCCAUCUUAGCAUUAUGAAUAGUUUUGCAUUGUGGAUCUCAGCAUUAUGUGAUAGUACGAUGUGUUGUGGACACUUCCUGCUGCUCAGAUCACAGUCAGAGGCUCUUAAUCCCAAAGAUAAUGGACCUGCAGGAUUUAAGUGGAAUAUCUUUGAUCAUCCAAUGUACUUUUGUUAACCCCAUGUAAUUAUUUGUCUAACAGUUUAAUGAAACACUAACUUCUAUGAGACAUAGAAACAGGAACACCUAUCAGUAGAGCACUAAGGUAACAGCACCAUGACACACUGUUCAUAUGAGAAGCUUACAAUGUUUUUUAUUUGGAAAGUUAGAGGUGUUGACUCAGUUCUGUGGCACUUUUAAACUGUAUAAUUAUGGAGUUGAAGUGGUUUUCCUGUGACUUUGUCAAUUUUGUGUAAAGUACAGAUACAAAAAUUGCCGUUUCAGACUUCUCAGAGAUUUUAUGUAGAAGUUGUUACUCAUUAUGAAAUGUCAGAUAGGUACAAUUUUCCUUGAGUCUGGCGCUUUUUCUUAUCCAGAAAGCAUAAUCAUUCCAAGAAGUGUAUGUAAAAUAUAUGGAAAAUAAUGUUUCAGCUGACAUUUUGCUGUUUUCCUAAGCUGUCAUGAUCGGCAGAGCUGAACAGUUGAGGUUCAAGUGCCAUGAUGUCUUUUACGCUCAAGAUUUUUAACACA